AUGAAAUCGUUUCGACUCAUUUUGGCAGUUACUGCAUUGUGUUCACCAGCACUAUCACUUCAGUUCAACUGUUUCUUUCUUAAAUUAAAUAGUUCUCUGGUUUGGGAGGAAAUUUACUCCGGUAAUUGUGCGGUCCAUCAUACAACUGGAAAUCCUAUCGCGCUUGUAGUAGUGGAUGCAAUACAUUUACCAGGAUUCGAUAACAAUGAUGUUGAAAGCAUUUUCAUUCAAGACUUUUCUCAAAAUUUGCAACAAUUUCCUUCAAACAUCGACCACUUUUUCCCAAACUUAUUUGACAUUGUCCUUGUCGAUUCUGGAUUGCCUACAAUAACAGCUGAAGAUCUCAAACCUUUUCCAGCUCUAACUCGUUUAGUGUUGAAUGGAAACAGGAUUUUACACGUAGAUGGAAAUUUGCUUCAGCAUACGCCCAACAUAAGAGUAGUAGAAUUUUCGAAUAAUCAAAUUGAGACAGUAGGACUUGGGUUGUUCGAAGGUUUGAGAGGUUUUACAGAGCCUGGAAGUUUGGUAUCAUUUUUUAGAAACACAUGCAUAGAUGAAUUUGCUGGAGGUCCGGAACAAAUCGCAGUUCUCAUUCAAAAUUUAGAAAGAGAUUGUCUUCCACCCAUCACUACAACAACAACAACUGAGGCAGCAGUUGAUGAAUGUCCAUUGAGUUGUCGCACAUCAAUUGAUUCAUCGUUCAAUGAAAUUGAAUAUUUGAGACAAAAAGUUUCGACAUCUGAAUCGAGAAUUGAACAGUUGGAAAUGCAAAUGCAGGAAAUUCUUGAGAAAGUUCAAUUAAAGAAAUGA